CCCAGAUAAUUAUGGUGUCUUAUGCUACCCCUAUCAUUUAGAUGCCCCCUCUGGAAGUUCCCCCCCCCCUAAUUUUUCAACAGCCUGUUCAAGGAACAGCCUUGACACAGAGCCCCAGUGAGUUGGUCAGUGGUUAUUCUUAGCCAUUCUCAUACUGGAUGACUGUGAGUGAGCACUGCAUUAAAGUUUGUUAGCCAACCGUAUACUCACUGGACGUUCUGUGUCAUCUAUUUGCAGGAACAUUUAAUGAACACUCCGUGGUAACUCUAUCGAGCCAACCGGGGGUGCAACAUUUGGCGACCACGAAGGGACAGGUGUUUUUGUGUCCACUUCAAUGUGGAGAUGAAUGACAGCGCCUGUCCAGUGACCAUGAACCAGAGCCGUACCAUGCAGCUGUAGUCAGUAGUUGAGACGAGAACAACCCAGUACUAAACGAGGUUAGCUGGAGCACGGGUGCAGACAAACACCAUUAGAGGGACAAGAGGAGCGUCGUAGCGUCCAUAUUCGCCCUACAAGAUGGCCGAGUCAGCUCAGGAUGUGUGCCAGCGCCUAAUAGAGCAGGUCAGUCGACUCUCACUACUACAGCUACAGGAGGUAUGCAAACACCUCGACCUACCAGGAUACCAGGAGGUGGAAUGCCCCAAAGCCCUUAGAAGGAAGGUGAGCCGCAACCUACUGCGUGAGGAGCUUGAAGAGAAAGAAGAUGAGGGGCUUUCCCUCUACACAGACCUGCGAGACUUCCUCAAACAGAUCGUAGUUGCAGAGAAUCUACCAGCUGCGGACCCGAAACCUGAGCAGAAGCCAUCGACAACCCCAAAGCUGGAUACCACUCCAGCCAGCUUGAUGACCUUGACCCGCAGGGAAUUCAAAAUAUCGGGACAGAUUGGCGAGCCGGGACAGCGAGACCGCCUGUCCUUCUCCAGCCUCGCCCAUCAAAUAGAGAGUGGCCGUGCCAAAGGUCACAAGGAACGGGAGAUUGUGGAAGCCGUGAUCCGUGCAGUGGUCCCAGGUUCAGCACUACGCAGCUAUCUAGAGGGCAGAGCGGGACUGACGUUGCCCGUACUUCGUCACAUCCUAAGAGCACACUACCAAGAGAAAGACGCGACAGAGUUAUACCAUCGAUUGUCGAGACUGGCUCAAGACAGCAAGGAGUCUGCCCAAAGUUUUCUGGUGCGAGCCCUGGAUCUGAAGCAAAAGGUUAUUUUUGCUUCUCAGGAGAGCGGCUCUGGCCUAAAGUACGAUCCUACCCUAGUCCAGAACAUGUUUCUGCACGCACUCCUCACUGGUUUUAGAAGUGAAUCUGUGAAGAAUGAGCUUCGCUCCCUCCUACAAGAUCCCAGUACCACAGAUGAGCUACUUUUCGAGAAAGUUAACACGGCAGCAAGCCAUGAGAUGGAGCGACAAGAGAAGUUGCACUCCAAGUCAGUUUCUGUCCAUGAAGUGCAGCAGUAUGAGUCAAGCCAGGAAGCAGUGAAAAGGAAACCGAAGGAGGGCACCCUCAUGACCGAUAUUGCGGAGCUCAAAGCUGGAAUCAUGGAAAUUGCGACCAUGAGAAAGCAGCUGGACAGCCUUCAGGAGUCACUGACUACACCAGCCAACCAAAACCACCAGCUACGACGACCGUCAUCCGGCCGCCCGCUGAAGAGGGGAUGUCGACACUGCCAGCAGAAUGGCAAUGGCGAUACUUGCGACCAUUGUUUCAAAUGUGGCUCAAGUGAACACUACGCCCGAGGUUGCCGCACUAGGAGUUCUCAGUCGGGAAACGAGCAAGGGUUGCUGCCACGGGACGGGCAGUAACCAGUGAUGUCAAAUUC